AAGAAGUGGCAGAGCAGUUUGGCCUGUUACAGAAUUAUGGUUCAACUAACAGUGGACCUAAUUGCUAAAAGCAUCAGUCACAGGAGUCGCAAUGAAGAGGACUUUGCACAGUAUCUGCGAAAAAUAAUUCAUCUGAAUUUAUCAGAUAAAAAUAUAGAUGCAAUUGGUGACCUCUCUUUGUGUAAAAAUCUUAGAGUUCUAUAUUUAUAUGAUAACCAAAUCAGUCAAAUCCAGAACUUGGACUUUGCUUCAAAUAUAACGCACCUCUACCUUCAGAACAACUGUAUUUCAUGUAUAGAAAAUAUCUCAUCGCUGAAAAAACUUGAAAAACUGUAUUUGGGAGGCAACUGUAUCACUGUAGUAGAGGGUUUGGAUAAAAUAGAAGAAAUAAGGGAGCUACAUAUUGAAAGUCAACAUCUCCCUCUUGGUGAAAAGCUUCUGUUUGAUCCAAGAUCUCUUAGAUCCCUGGCAAAAUCUUUGUCUGUGUUGAAUAUCAGCAAUAACAACAUUGAUGAGUUAGAAGAGCUGGCAGUUUUGGAAAAUCUUUCUUGUUUUAGAGCAGCUGACAAUCAACUUCAACAUAUGAAGGAUUUGGAGGUUGUAUUACAGAAAUGGACAAAGCUAUGCAGAAUGGAUCUUACAGGAAACCCCAUCUGCCACAAACCAAAGUACAGGGACCGGAUUAUAGUACAGUCACGAACUUUAGAAUCUCUUGAUGGGAAAGAAAUUAAAGAAAUGGAAAGACAGUUCUUGAUGAAUUGGAAAGCCUCCAAAGCUGCCAGGAGAAAAAACAAAGACAGAAUGACAAAUGAACAUGCAACCUAUCUACAUUUUUCUGACUUUGAAACACCUUAUCCUAUUCUUCCCUUUCACUACAGUUCAUCUGUGAAAGAAAAAUCAAAUUUUUUAGUUUUGUCUGAGAUGCACAAAGUUAAAAGAAAACCUCUGCCAAGAAUCCGGGGAAAAAAAAUAAGUCAGGCAAAAACUCAGGUUGAGAAGGAAUCUGAAGUAACAGCAGAAGUUGAAUUCUAA